AUGAAGCCCUUAGGUCAGUACAAACGUACCUCGUGUUUCGUGCUCACAUUUUGCGCCUUUGUUCGUGUUCGUCUCGCUGCCCUCUUUCACGUCGUCAUAAUGGCCGCUGGGAUUGAUCAGCAACAACAGCAGGUUAUGAGUAUGUUAGAUAGUUUCUCAUUCAACGAGCCAGUAAGCAUGCUAGGUGCUGGCGGUGGAGCUGGCGGGAAUGCUCCGCAACCGCAGCAGUACAUGCCUGGUAUUCUGGGUGGGCACAUUCCAGGAAUGCCAGGUCCAUUUAUGGGAGGUCCACAUUUCCCACAUCCUGCGCAACAGCAACCGCCCCUUCAGGACAUGUUCUCCGCAGCUCAAACUACCGCGUCUAUGCUUUCCGCAUCAGGUGUGCUGUCGUACUCAGAUGCGCCAUCGCGCCAGGGUGGAAGUUUGGCACCAGGAGCACCUAUAGGCGUUCCACCGGGUCAGACAGACACAUCUCAGGGAGGUGCUGGAUCACAACAAGCGGCACUGCCAUCUAGUGGUAGCGGACUUCCUGCACUUUCUGGUGGCGUGCAGUUCCAGUGCCCACGGCGACCGAAUCAUGGUCUCGAAGGACGUUCAAUUCUUCUGCGAGCGAACCACUUUGCAGUACGUAUGCCCGGUGGUACCAUUCAACACUAUCAUGUGGACGUUUCUCCAGACAAAUGUCCACGCAGGGUGAACAGAGAGAUCAUCCUUUGCAUGAUCCGGUCGUUUGGCAAGUACUUUAGCUCGACAAGGCCAGUGUACGAUGGGAAGAGGAACAUGUAUACGCGUGAACCGUUGCCUAUUGGCAGAGAAAAGAUGGAAUUUGAAGUAACCCUUCCUGGUGAUUCGGCCGUGGAACGGCAAUUUACGGUUACGGUAAAGUGGGCAGGUCAAGUGUCGUUGUCCACGUUAGAGGACGCAAUGGAGGGCCGCGUUCGUCAGGUGCCUUUCGAAGCUGUUCAGGCUAUGGAUGUGAUCCUGAGACAUCUGCCAAGUCUGAAGUACACUCCUGUGGGGCGCUCCUUUUUCUCUCCACCAGCGCAGCCUCACCAGCCACCGCAACAACAUGGGCAAAUUCAUAUGGAGAGCAAGUUAGGAGGGGGUCGUGAAGUUUGGUUUGGAUUCCACCAAUCAGUCAGGCCAUCACAAUGGAAAAUGAUGCUUAAUAUCGAUGUAUCCGCUACGGCUUUCUAUCGAUCAAUGCCAGUGAUUGAAUUCGUGGCAGAAGUUCUUGAGCUCCCUGUUCAGGCACUCACUGAACGCCGUGCUCUCUCGGAUGCCCAGCGAGUAAAGUUCACCAAGGAAAUCCGUGGUCUCAAAAUUGAGAUCACUCACUGCGGCACCAUGCGUCGUAAAUACCGUGUAUGCAACGUGACGAGGCGACCUGCGCAAACACAGACCUUUCCUCUUCAAUUGGAGACUGGACAAACAAUUGAGUGCACUGUUGCCAAGUAUUUUUACGACAAGUAUCGUAUUCAGCUGAAAUAUCCACACUUGCCUUGUCUUCAGGUGGGACAGGAGCAGAAGCACACUUAUUUGCCACCAGAAGUAUGUCAUGUUGUCCCCGGACAGCGUUGUAUCAAGAAGUUGACUGAUACACAGACGUCAACGAUGAUUAAGGCUACCGCAAGGUCCGCUCCCGAGCGAGAGCGAGAAAUUGCCAGUUUGGUUAGAAAAGCCGAGUUUUCGGCAGAUCCAUUUGCCCACGAGUUCGGUAUUGCAAUCAACUCAGCCAUGACUGAGGUGAAAGGGCGGGUUCUAUCAGCUCCUAAGUUACAGUAUGGGGGUAGGAAUAAAGCAACCGCACUGCCAAAUCAGGGCGUUUGGGAUAUGCGUGGGAAACAGUUCCAUACUGGUAUUGAUGUCAAAGUUUGGGCAAUAGCAUGUUUUGCACAACAACAACAUGUGAAGGAGAACGAUUUGCGUAACUUUACUGCACAACUUCAACGUAUUUCAAAUGACGCCGGUAUGCCUAUCGUUGGACAACCGUGCUUCUGCAAAUACGCAAUGGGAGUAGAUCAAGUGGAACCGAUGUUUAAGUACUUGAAACAAACAUUUUCGGGCAUCCAACUGGUUGUCGUUAUCUUGCCUGGAAAGACACCUGUAUACGCUGAGGUGAAACGCGUCGGAGAUACUGUGCUCGGAAUUGCUACUCAAUGCGUACAAGCGAAAAACGUCAUCAAAACUACGCCACAAACGUUGUCAAAUCUGUGUUUGAAAAUGAACGUGAAACUGGGAGGUGUAAAUAGCAUUCUUCUCCCCGCAGUCCGUCCACGUAUCUUCAACGAACCAGUAAUAUUCUUUGGAUGCGAUAUCACUCAUCCACCUGCUGGUGAUUCCCGGAAACCGUCUAUUGCUGCAGUUGUUGCGAGUAUGGAUGCGCAUCCAAGCAGAUAUGCUGCUACGGUACGCGUGCAACAACAUCGUCAAGAGAUCAUUUCGGACCUCACAUAUAUGGUUCGUGAGUUGUUGGUCCAGUUCUAUCGUAACACGCGGUUCAAGCCUACUCGCAUUGUUGUAUAUCGAGAUGGUGUGUCGGAAGGACAGUUUUUCAAUGUUUUACAAUACGAGCUUCGUGCAAUGCGAGAAGCGUGCAUGAUGUUGGAAAGUGGAUAUCAACCGGGCAUUACGUUCAUUGCUGUGCAAAAGCGCCAUCACACAAGGUUGUUCGCUGUUGAUAAGAAGGAUCAAGUUGGCAAGGCGUUCAACAUUCCACCGGGAACAACUGUAGACGUCGGAAUUACUCACCCAACAGAGUUUGACUUCUACCUAUGUUCUCAUGCAGGUAUCCAAGGGACAUCCCGACCGUCACACUACCAUGUUCUCUGGGAUGACAAUGAACUCACUGCUGAUGAACUACAACAACUUACAUAUCAGAUGUGCCACACUUACGUACGAUGUACGCGUUCUGUUUCGAUACCAGCUCCAGCUUACUAUGCUCAUCUCGUGGCUUUUCGGGCACGUUAUCAUCUGGUUGACAGAGAACACGAUUCCGGAGAAGGUAGUCAGCCAUCUGGCACCUCUGAAGACACUACUUUGUCAAACAUGGCAAGGGCUGUACAGGUUCACCCCGAUGCGAACAACGUGAUGUACUUCGCGUAA